AUGCAGCAGAUUGAGAAACAUACCCUUUUUUCUUCUUGCCUCUCUCUAUUUCUUCUCACACAAAUCUCCCAACAGCCGUUGCUGGUAGUAGCAAUGGCAGAACUAAGAUCAGGCGUUCUAUUCAAGCUUCUAGAGGAAAUGGGGGUCGGGAAAGCACGAAGAGACGUUGAUCACAGACCAGUUUUGCUUCAGAUAAGAAGCAUAAUCCCUGUGUUAGCAGCUGGAGGUUUAUGGCCUAACAAAGGCUUCUUCUUGAGAAUCUCAGACUCAACGCAUUCAAUGUACGCCUCCUUGCCGAGAGAAGAAAACGAUCUUGUCCUCUACGACAAGUUACAGAUAGGUCAACUGAUAUUCGUGGAGAAGCUCGAGUUUGCUUAUCCAGUUCCUAUGAUCAAAGGCAUUAGACCAACACCAGGUCGGAGGGCUUGCACCGGUGAACCUAUUGAUCUAAUCCCUAAAGAGCGUAUAGAGAAGUUUUGUGCCAGUUUAUCUGAUACAGAGGAAAGCUAUAAUAAUAACCAACAAGUUAAGAGGCCAAGAAGAACGAGAUGGAGCAAUUCAAGCGUCUCUGAGAUGAAUGUUACAGAUUUUGGAAUGUUGAAAAAUCUUUCGAGUGUGAUGGAGGAGGAGGAGAAGGAUGAUACAGAUUCAAUGGUCUCGAGUUGCUCUUCUUAUUUGUCUUCAGCUGCUAGGAGAAGAAUUUGGAUGGGUUUGGGUGAUGCUGGAAAGAGAAGAGAGUCAUUAGAUCCAUCUAGGGUUAAGAAUCAUGUUCAUGACAUGAAAUUACAUGUUUCAAGAACUCGAAGUUACCCUGCUGCGUCUCCUUCUCCUUCUGUGAGGAGCUGUGGAGUGAUAGAGGAGAAGUCAAGUAGUAGAACAAGAAGAAGAGAUAGUGUUGUUUCACCAUCUCCAAAAUGGGCUAAAAGCUUAAGCUAUGGAAGUGGAAGUAGUAAGAGUAAGAACCUUCUUCUUCCACCUAGAAGCAAUACCCUUGAAUCCUCGGAUUCGAUAUCAAGGAAAAGAAGCUGGACAGAGACUGAGAUUCUCUGGAACUCACUUCCUCCCAAAGUUGUUAACCUAGGAAAGGAGAUUCUGAGACAGAGAGAUAAGGCUAUUCGCGCUGCGUCUCAAGCGUUGUUAGAGGCUUCAGCUGCUGAAAGAUUGCUCAAAUGUCUAAGGUCAUACUCGGAGCUUUCGGACAAGAGGAAUCAACACCAUCAUAACCAACAGCCACCGAUAGGAGAGCUCUUGAGUUUCCAAGAGGAGUUAAGCAAGAGCAAGCUAAUCAUUCAAUCAUUAUCAACUGAGGAAACAGAGCACUGCAACUCAAGAACAGGAGAGGAGAGACGCGAAAAGGCGACUCAGUGGAUCAAAUCAGCUUUAGCUACGGAUCUCAAACCGGUUUCUUUACCCGCAAGUAAGCCUACGCAGAGUCCCGCGAGGAAGAGUUUUACCCUAAUCGCUCAAGAAGUCAAUAACCGUGAAGACAACACAAGGGACAGAGACUCAGGGUAUGUAGAGAGAAAGGAGAGGUUAAGCAGAGCAGCAAGCGAACUCAGAAACUUGGUUAAGGAAGAAGGAAGAAGGUGGUACUUGAGCCGUGUCGAGAAGUAUUUAGAUGAGAUCAGUAACGUAACAAAGUGGAGAGAGAUGAGUAGUCAGCAAGUAGGAGAAACGAUGUAUCAGAUAAAACGAGUGAGUGACUGGUUAGACGCUAUGGUUAAAGGAGAAGAGGAGGAACAAGAAGAGGAAGUGGUGAUGAUGAUGACAGAGUCAGAAAGAGAGGCUUGCGGUAGAGUGAGGAACAAGAUUUAUAGGAUUCUUUUGAGACAUGUUGAGAAAACUUCUUUGUUAAGUCAUCAACGUAAUACCAGUCUCAUGUCUCAUCAACAAUACUACUGA